CUUUUUAAGUCAAUAACAAGCAUUAUCACUUUGCUUUUUUUGGAAUGGCUCACUUUAGUCAGCGUAAGUUCAUAAUAUCUUCGCUUUUAUUCUCCCUAACUCUAAUUCUCUUCUCUUAUACAAACACAGAACAUUCCAAUCCCUCAUUACAAAUUUACCUUUAUCUAUUCAAAAUCCUCCAGAUAUAUCUCCCCUACCCUCCCUUACCUCCAACCAACCCAUCCCUCAACCCUCCUCCCACUCCUAAACCCCUUCCUCCUCCCUGUUCCACCUACCUCUGUUCACAGCUAUCUCCCAACCUAUCCUUCCUUCUUGAGUCACUUCCAACAAUUUUCAACGGCUAGAUGACUAUCUCGUAUUAAUGAAGCAAAGUUCUUGGCAGAGACUAGGAGUGGGUGUAGAAGUGGAGGUGAAAGGUUGGAGAAGAGGAGGAAAAAGAGGAAAGGAUUGGUCCAUUCGGGAGAAGUUAGGAAGAAGGUUUGGGGAAGUUGGAUUGGAGGGUUAGAUG